AAUUCACAGUCAAUGAAGCAAUUGCUUGCGCAAGGAUAAUUAAUGUGUUUCAGAUAUCUUUGCCGUGUGUAUGUAGAUCCAGGUAUCCAAUGCGGGUCGCAAAGCUUAAUCAGACGAGGAUGUUCGAUCUGCGAUCUGGUGGGAGAUUCCAACAUGGCAAAUAUACAGUACAUAAUAGUAGUAGUAUAUCAGUCAAUCCGUUCCAAUCAUGACAAACUCGUCGAGGAUUUCGGGUCUCUGUUUGAGAUGUCAGAUGAUACACCGUUGAGCCGCACUCGCUUCGCACUCGGGUCGCUUCUUGAUGAGGUCAACUUGGCUCAGAAUGGUGCAAUAUAAGAUAGCGGCGCGGAGGGACAUCAGCGUCGAGUCGAUUCUUCCUUGCGAUCGCGACUUGUUACAGCUCCAGCAUGACGUCUUCGACCGCGAACAUAGUCCCGCCGUGGAAUCCCCCGGCGCCGACGACGCACGAUCUGGACUGGGCCGAGAUUCUCACGGUCGAUCUGGAGAAGGACACGACCGAUCGGGACGAGCUGGUCGCGAUCGUUUCGAAGGCCGUGGAGCGAGACGGGUUCCUCUACGUUGUCGGGCACGGGAUUCCAGAUGCGGUGCUGGAAAGGCAAUUCGACCUCGGACAGCUGUGCUUUGACGGAGUGGACAGGGCCGAGAAGGAGGCGCACCAGGCGAAGAUCAAGGAAACAGGAUCCUGGAUGGGAUAUAAGCUUCAGAAAUAUUGGCAAAUCAAGGACGGUGUGCGAGAUCGGAUCGAGCACUACAAUUUCUAUCAGAAUCACAUCGAACCGGCGAAGAAGCAUCCACGAGCAAUUCAACCUCAUGUUGCAGAAAUCCAGGCUUUCAUUCUGCAAUCGCGAACAGUAUUGUGGCGCAUUCUUAGUCUGAUUGAUAGUGUCCUCGGAUUGGAAGAAGGUUAUCUGUGGUCUCUCCAUCAAACACCGGAGGGCACCACAAGCGACGAUGUUUUCCGGUAUAUGAUGUACGAGCCGCUCACAGCGGCCGAGUCGGCCACGACGAAGGGCGUGAUGCUGAACGGCCAUACGGACUUCAACUCGAUCAGCAUCCUAAUCUCACAGCCCAUCGCGGCGCUCCAGGUGCUGAUGCCAGACAACGUGUGGCGAUUCGUCAAGCACCGGGACGGCGCGCUCGUGAUCAACCUCGGCGACCAGCUGAGCUUCAUGAGUGGCGGGAUCGUCAAGGCGACUAUGCAUCGGGUCGUGAGCCCUCCACCAGACCAGGUCCACCUGCGCCGUCUCGGUGUCUUCCACUUCGCGCACUUCCUGCCCGGCGUCCCGCUCGACUUGCUCCCCUCGGACCGUGUGCGCAAAGACGGGCGUCAGAUUUUCGAUGGAGCAAUCCCCACGACGGAUGAGUGGGAGCGCAAGCGUGUCAAGAGCUACGGCACGGAGGAGUUCAUCAAAGGCGAGGAGUAUGAUAUUGAGAUGCUCGCCGGUUUACAGAUCCGUCAUUACCACUGAGGUGGAUGCUUAAACCUUGUAGAAACUCCCUGAUUUUCAUAUCAAUUAUGAUGAGAAGCUAUCGGCGACGCUGCAGAGUUGAGCAAGGACCCAGACUAAAAAGAGUAUCAUGACUGUCG